AUGUCGUUUAUCCCAAAGGCUCCUAUGAAUCCUGAAUAUUACAAUCUGGUUAUGCCAGGCAUCACCUCCAAGUCUCGUGCCGCCGUGAACAAGCUUCUCAAGAGCAAUCAUGAAUCUUUUCAUGUUUUCUUCAAUGACAAAAAGUUUCACAAUCACCUUACUCAUCAUCUUCUUGCAGCUUAUUCUUUUGGUGCCAAUGAAGAACGACUUGAACAAAUCUACAAGGACCAUGCCAGCUAUCAACGACCAUUACCACCUCUUUUGGAACGACCUUUAACGCGUGAAAACUACCAAGUACAACUGGGGAAAGCGAGUGCCUAUACUAGCUUUUUGAAACUCUUUGAAACAGAAAUUGAACAACAUGGUAUCUUUGACACUAUUCGGCGAUGGGUUUGGUCUGGUGAUAUGUUAUCAAGACUUGUUGGUGGAGUAUAUCAUCCUUUAAUUCAUGUUGGUUAUGGUGUUGAAUUUGGUAUUGCUGGUCAAGUGGCAGAAGGACUGGCGAUGGUAGCUUGCACAGACUUACGAUAUAGUCCAUGGAUCAACGAUAAUCCUCCUCUUUCCGAUUCUAUCCCCAACGUCCCUUCUAUCUCCACAAUUCCUGUACAACGACCAGAAUCAAAGGAAAACGACAAGAAUGUAUUACUCGAUAUUCUACAAGAUAUUCGGCAGGAUGCAUUUUUCGAAAAUACUAUAUGCAAGGAAGAUGAAAAUCCAAUUUCCAAACUCUUUUCUCAACCGCGUGUGGUGGACAAGAUCAAUGAUUAUGCAAAACAAUGGAAACAUGACAAACAAUGGACAACAAAGCAAGACAUCGACUCGCGUGUAAAGGAACUAUAUACAUCAGUAGUGGUAGCCUAUGGUGCAACAGGACUCUCUUCAAACAAUCAAGUUCGUCUUGACUUCUUUUUAAUGCAUGCGUUGACUUCUUCUUAUUUUAUCCACAUCUUGGUACCUUACUUGACUAUUCAGGAAGCCGCAUCUUUGGUACAAGCACAUUGGUUUGCCACUCUGACCCACUAUGUUGCGGUGGGACGACCUGAGGUCAGGAUGGAUCGUCUUUUGGAUUAUGUUUCACCCAAUUUCAAGGAUCUGGAUCCUCAACUUCCUCAUCGACAAUGGUCUUGUGUCUUGGAUGCAACUGUGAACGAAGAAGAACAUGUCACCAAAGCUAUUCGCGCCUGUGCCCAUGCUCAAGAUUUGUACAACGAUGAUCCUCUCUGGUUUGAUGACAAUGUUUAUCUCAAGGUGGCCCAAAUGACUUUUGAUCUUCAUGGAAAUUGGACUUUUGGUGUUGGAUUUGACCAUUGA